UGGAGGGAAAGUGAGUUUAUUAUUUAUUUAGAGUUUACUAAAGUGUAGAAAUAGAGGAGGAAGCUCUGGUCCAAAAUUUCUCUUUUGGAUUGUCUUUUUUUUUUUAUACAAGAUUCAUAAGACAAGUCACAAGGACACAUCUUUGAUUGCUUGUAUAGCUUCAAUUCUGAAUGAAAAAAACACAUUAUGUGCAAAAAUUCUCUCCAGGACCUGAAGAAGAGGCGGAAGGAAGGAAGCAAGGAAGGAAAUGUUACCCGAUGCAUUUUUCAUUAAAAUUCAACAAGAGGCAUCCUCCGUGAGAGGUUAGAUUAUUGGCCGGCAGACACACACACACACACCCUCACACACAUACACACACACACACACACACUCUCACAGCUGGUGCGCCUUCCUCCAGCAGAGACUGACAGAAGCGGGGCGACCGCUCUAAGCUGUGCGCGCCUCUUCAUCUCUCCUCUCCAUCUCUCCUCUCCAUCUCCACCAACCGGCGCGUCUUUUUUUUUUACCCAAAACUUUGAAGAGGUGAGAUCCGAAACGUCCAAAAAACGCCGACAAAAUCAGUGCGCAUCAAGAUAGAAGGAUAAAAAAAGGAGGUGAAAGGAAAAAAAAAGAACCAUCAAGUCCGAGGAAAAAGAAGCGGUGGAGCCGGGAGAGAAAAAGAGGAGAAGCUAUGCCAUCUCCAUCUCCCGCCGAGCACAGCCCAGUCCUCCUCUGUUGUUGUGUGUCGUCGCUGCAGCAUGGUGUCUCUCUCUGGACUCUGGACCUACUGGAGACCUCAUCUCCUCUUCCUCUCCUCCACCAGACUUCUCCUGCUUCUCUUAACCGUCUUCUCCUCUUCCUCCUCUCCGGAGCCCUCCUCCUCCUCCUCCUGCCUCCCUCACCCGCAGCCGUGCCACCUCCUCCUCGCCCGGAUCGGACACACCGUGCGCCUCGGUGCGCUCCUGCCGACCCGCCAGCCGGCACGGAUACAAAACGCGCUCAACCGCGCCCUGGCUAGCCUCCGGCACCAGAGCUCCUCAGGGGCAGCAGCAGCAGCAGACUCCUCUUCGUCCUCUUCCACCACCACCACAGCCUCCCAAGCAGCACCUCCUCUUCCUCUGCUGCCCUACAACCUGAGCCUGGAGAUGGUGGCUCGAUCACCCGCAGGAGGAGACCCGGAGUCCCUCUCCCGGAGCGCCUGCCAGGACCUGGUGGUCAGGGGGGUUUCUGCAGUACUCGCCUUCCCACGCUCCAGAGAGGAGCUCAUCCAGGUGGAGUUCCUCUCCUCUUUCCUGGAGAUCCCCUUCAUCUCCAUCCUGGAGGACACAGAGCCUCUUGUGACUAAGAACCGAUUCCACCUGCAGAUGUCGGCCCGUGUUCCUCCAUCAACGCUGGGCAGCCUGCUGCUGGCGGUCCUGCAGGGGAGAGAAGGCGACAGGGACAGAGGAAGCCGGGGGGAGAGUAGCUGGGGAGGAGCAGCUGUGAUCUGCCCCGGAUGGGAGGAAGGAGGUGAAGGGUUGCUGUCUCACCUGCAGACGCACAGCGGUUCCAACUGGCAUUUGUGGGACAUCAUCAACCUGACCCUCGUCUCCGGGGGCGGGGAUAGAAGAGGGGAGAGCAGGGAGGAGAAGAAGGAGGAUCAGAGGGAAGAGGAGGCUUUGAAGAUCCUCUCCACCCGUUUCCUGCGCUCCCCCUCUCCUAUCUCCUCCGUUCUCCUCCUGGGAUCCGACCCCGAGUGUCUCUCCUCCGUCCUGCGGGCCGCUCAGCGCCUCGCUCCAUCGCUACCGGCGCUGCAGUGGAUCAUGGGAUAUCCCUUGUCUCCAGAUUCGCUCCACACUCUAGGAGGUCCCCUUGGAUUGUUAGCCUACGGGGAGGUGGGCCGCAAGCCGAUUAGCUUCUACAUCCGGGAUGCUUUGCAGCUGAUUGGCCGCGCGGUUACCGCGGCGACCAUGGUGAGGCCGGACCUGGCGCUGAUUCAGAACAUGGUGAAUUGUUACGACAAACCAAACCGACAUGAGGUGCCCUCUUCAGGACAAUAUCUAACCAGGUUCCUAUCCAACACUUCCUUCACCGGGGCCACAGGCCUGAUCCAGGUGGAUGCCGGCCUCUCUCGGGUCCUCUCCUCCCAGCUGUUCCACGUGUGGAGCCUGAAGAGGGGCGCUCUCGGCCAGCCGGCGUGGGUGACUGUGGGCCAGUGGACCCGAGGCAGGUUGGAGCUGGAAGGGGGGAUCCUGGGACUGGUGGGAGGGUUCAGGAGCAGCCAGGGGCAAGGUCUCGGAGCCGGUGUGAGGGGAGGGGACGGCCAGGGGGACGGCAACGUCGGAGGACGCUGGAGGCCGGGAGAGUCCGUCGAGGGACACCGCUUGAGGGUGGUGACACUGGUGGAGCACCCGUUUGUCUUCACGCGGGAGGUGGACGAGGACGGAUUGUGUCCAGCUGGUCAGCUCUGUCUGGACCCCAGAACCAACCGGUCCGACAUAAUCCAGGGCCUCUUCAACCAGCUGCACAACCCGAACACUACGGUCACAGACUGGGAGGGGACUGACCUACCGGAGGACCUGAGGAAGUGCUGCUACGGGUACUGCGUCGACUUGUUGGAGAAACUGGCAGAGGACAUGGGCUUCACCUUUGACCUUUAUAUCGUGGGAGACGGGAAAUACGGAGCGUUUAGCGGGACGGGACGCUGGACGGGGCUGGUCGGCGACCUGCUAAGUGGAACCGCUGAUAUGGCCGUCAGCUCGUUCUCCAUCAACUCUGCCAGGAGCAGGGUCAUCGACUUCACCUCGCCCUUCUACUCCACCAGCCUGGGCAUUCUGGUUCGUAGCCGGGACACUGCGGCCCCCAUCGGAGCCUUCAUGUGGCCUCUCCACUGGUCCAUGUGGGUGGGCAUUUUUGUCACGCUGCACCUCACCGCGCUCUUCCUCACCUUGUACGAGUGGAACAGCCCCUUCGGCAUGACACCCCACGGCAGGAACAGGCUGCGCGUGUUCUCCUACUCCUCCGCCCUUAAUCUCUGCUACGCCAUACUGUUUGGACGGACUGUCGCCACCAAGACUCCUAAGUGCUGGACGGGGCGUUUCCUGAUGAACCUUUGGGCCAUCUUCUGCUUACUGGUGCUGUCCAGCUACACCGCCAACCUCGCAGCAGUCAUGGUCGGGGAAAAGACCUUCGAGCAGGUCUCGGGAAUUCAUGACGACAAGCUGCACCACCCGUCCCUGGGCUUCCGAUUUGGGACGGUGAGGGAGAGCAGCGCCGAGGAUUACAUGAAGAAGAGCUUCCCCGAGAUGCACGACUACAUGCGACGCUUCAACCAGCCCACCACCCCAGAGGGCGUACAUAUGUUGAAGACAGAUCCUCCUGCGCUGGAUGCGUUCAUCAUGGACAAAGCCCUGUUGGACUUCGAGGUGUCCAUCGACGCGGAGUGCAAACUGCUCACGGUGGGGAAGCCUUUCGCCAUUGAAGGCUACGGUAUCGGCCUACCCCAGGGCUCUCCUCUAACCCGUAAUGUGUCAGAGUUCGUGAGUCGCUACAAAUCUGACGGCUUCAUGGACAUGCUACAUGACAAAUGGUAUAAGGUCGUGCCCUGCGGGAAGCGAGUGUUUGCGGUGACGGAGACUCUACAGAUGGGGAUCCAGCAUUUUUCAGGCCUCUUUGUGCUGCUGUGUAUGGGGGUGGGUGGAGCCUUGCUGACCUUGGCAGGUGAACACACCUUCUAUCACCUGGUCAUCCCUCGCCUCCGACGCACGCACACGCUGCAGUACUGGCUGCACACCAGCCAGAAAAUCCACAGAGCCCUCCACACCACAUAUGAGGAUGUCGGGAAGGAGCUGACGGACCUCGACCAAAACCCCUCCUCUUGUAUCUCAGAGAACUGCACCCUACACAGGAAGCAGCAUCAACCUCCUCCCCCAUCUCCUCCCACCUCCCUCCCUGCUUCCACUACAGCUGGAGACACCUGUAACUCCUCGCCAUCCCACGAGCCCAAGGAGAAGCGUGUGCACUUCGACCUGGAGACCCUCCACAGCUACCGCCUGCGCACACACACCGCCUCGGUGCGCGGCAGGCCUGGUAUGGUCGGCCGUCCUGGCCUCGGCCUGGGAGGGUGGGGGCUGGGCAGCCUGGGGUGUUUUACCUCGCCUCCACAGAUUAGCCUCCAUGUUAACGGGGGGCCUGUCUCUUCACUGGCUUCCGCAGGCUUGGUGCUCACUCCCCUGGGCAGCAGGGCCGCUCAGACCAGCCUGUGGGAGGGGGAGCUCCAGGACCUGCAGGGGAAGAUCGAGACGUUCCGCAGCCAGCUGAGAGAUGCUCUGGCCAGGAGAGCAGAGAUCCAGAGCAGCCUGGAGAGAGAGAGGAGCGGACUUGUACGCAGGGACACAAGUCUGGAGAGAGAAAGGGACAGACAGAGGAUACAAACUAUUAACACAGACAGAAGUAGCUCCACUCAGCCCAAACUCCCUGAGAGAGACAGGACCAGCCAACUGCAAACCCUGAACAAUCAACAGUCAGGGAGGGCUAACCAAUCAGGCGGUCCCGGGACUCUGGAGCACGGGCGGAGCAGCCAAUUAAACACAGUUAACAGUUUGGACAGAGGCAGAGCCAACCAGAUACGCUCUGUCAACACUCUGACUGGAGAAAGAACUGUCCAAUCACGCACUUCCACCAGUUUGGAGAGAAAUCGAGUCAACCAACCAAGCGCCGGAAACAUAACCGCCCAAUCGCGGAACACUUCUAGCCUGGACAGACAGAUGGUUAACCUAUCACGCACUCUGAACACUUUGGAGAGGACAAAAGCCAACCAAUCAAGUGUAAGCAGCGGGACUUGAUCGUGUUUCCUGACGUGUGGGAUUGCGGAGGGAGUGGCGCAGUCGGUACUUGCAUAGCCGUGGGAAGAUGGCUUUGUUGGAGUUGGAUAAAGUUUAGGGGACGCUUGCUGGAUAAUGACCGUAUAUGUUAACUCACACCAUUACUUACUGCAACCUAAUAAUUUUCACACUCAGAAUUAUUUCCACACUCGCUUAAAAAUUACAACUAAAAAGACUUUAACAAACUAGUAAAAUAUCUACGUCAUCCAUGAUAUCAUAAAUAAGCAAUGUAAUCUUUGUGGAAUGAAAGCCAAUAUAAUUUCAGCUAAAUCUCAGAAGAACCAGCUCAGAAUAAACUGGGAUUAGCCAUGACAAUAUGGGUAAUCUGACAACGCUAAAGUCGCUGUGCUUGUUGGGGAGACCUGUGGUUCACAUGAGGAACCAUCAACCAAACACAAGCCUAUCAGCUGAGUAAAAAUAUGACCCGUUUCACUGGUUAAAGAGGCCUGCAAGCACACGGAGAUAUCAGCGACGAGAGCACAGGAAAAUCUAAAAACAACAAUCAAAACUAUCUGAAAAUACACAUGAAACAUCUGUGUUAACCGAGUGCCAGACGCAGGAGAUAACGAUGCAAAUAAAACAAUAUACUUUAAGUAAUUCAAGUAAUAAUUUCCC